AGGCUCAGUAACUAAGUAGCUCAGAAUCUCCGCUGUAAGAACGUGCUGGAGAUCCGGCGGUGGAAGAUGAACAGGCACAAGUACAAGAAGCUGCUGAAACGCACCAAGUUCCUGAGGAGGAGAGUGUUGGAUGGCAGGAGGAAAAAGAAGCAGAAACGCUUUGAGAAGGAUCUUCAGAGGAUCUGGAUGUGAGCUGGACUGAAGAAAUCCCCAGAAGGAUGGAAUACACAGAGGAUCUUCAACAAACAAUCCAAAGUCUCAGAGAGAUUGUAGAGUACAGCACACUGCUGACUGACAGGAAUCACGUGCUUCUCAUCAGCCUGCUCUCCUCUCUGCUACUUGAAAUAAGACAUUAGUGAUGUGGACAUUUUCCAGUUGUGUUCUGCCCUCUCCUGUUAAGUGUGAUGGUUGUUGCAAGUAGGUAAAAAAAAAAAAUUAAAAUUUUUUUCACAUCCUGAUUAUUCACUCUACUUAUCUUAUUUAAUAUAUCAUACCAGUAUGUUCAUAUCUUCUUAGAAUAGGCUGUUAUUUAAUACCUUCUCCUAUGCAGUUUCCUAAGUUAAACAGUGGGUGGCAGUAUUGUACAACCUUUGUUUCAUUGAACAUUGUGAACUUGGCAGUCUCAAAGAUGUUCAGCUUAAAUAGUCUAUUGUUGUUCAGUCAGUGACAAAGUUAUAAAACUAUUCUGGUAAGCUGUGAUAUUAGGUCAAAAGAAGUGAUCACUUUCAAAGAUGUUCUCACUCAGUAGCAGUGCCAGGAAGGUGUAGGGUUUCACAGGCAAGCGAAGGAGGGACAUACACAGCUGGUUUACACUCUGGAGACUUCUGCAGUUUUGUUGUUGCUGGUUGAUGAACUUUCUUCAGGUGUUGCUGUCCUCUAUUCAUUGAUGCGCAAAACACUGUGUUAUAACCUACCUACUUUUAUCCCAUUUCUUUGAGUAAGAGUUGUAGAAGAAAGACUGGAAGACAUGUUGCGGUUGUUUCUAAUUUCUUCUGUCUUCUUCCUGCCCAGUGCGUGGGGCCAGAGCAGCAGCAAGUUAGAUGUGGUGGUGGAGGCCCGUAACAUCACCCUCCCAGCCGGGAUCCAGGCCGUGCUGCCCUGCCACAGCCCCCGCAUGAUAUGGACCCGGGACCGGCUGAAGGAUCGCCAGAGGGUGGUCCACUGGGACCUGUUCCGGAGCACACCAGAGUACUCUGUGGAAAGGAUACUGGACAUGUCUGCUGGCGUCAAAGAGAGAGUCUACAAUGGGUUCAACAAGGGCCGCAUAACCAUCCCCAAAACCGCCUUCACUGACGGGAACUUCUCCCUCGUCAUCAACAAUGUUGGAACAGCUGAUCGAGGUGUUUAUAGUUGUAAUCUCCAUCACCACUACUGCCAGCUUCACCAGUCCAUCAAGAUACAGCUCAACACCACCAAGUCAGUCCGUAAGGAGAAGCGUUACUGGGACGGGGACAAGACAGUGUUUGUGGUGUUGCUGGGGAGCUCUGUGGUGUUGCCUUGUGUGAACAGGCGGCCCUUGUGGAUGGAGGGCCAGCAGGAGGACCAGCAGCAGGUAGCCCACUGGGACUGGCAGCCACCUGGGGUGAGACCUGAUGGAGCUGACCGCCUAGUGGACCUUUACGCCUCUGGAGAGCGCCGGCAGUAUGGACCACUUUUCCCUGUGGACAAGAUGAGUGUCUCUGAGGAUGCCUUCUCUGUAGGGGAUUUCUCUCUGACCAUCUCUAAUCUCCAGCCUGUUGACAAGGGCCUAUACUCCUGUCACCUGCACCACCACUACUGCGGCCUGCACGAGAGACUCAUCUACAGGCUCAUGGUGGGGCCUUCACUGCCCCCACCUCCUCCGGUCCUCACCACUGUCCCUGCUGCCCCUGCUGCCCCUGCUGCCCCUGCUGUCCCGACUGUCCUUGCUAUCCCCCACACACUCCCCAAUGAUGACCCAAGCCCUGAUGUGGUUGAACUUGAGAGACCACGGGUAGUCAACGUCAUCCUCCCUGAGUACCCAGGGCACUUCUUCCAGCAGAUGGGCUACUUCCUGGCUACCUUCUUCCUCCUAGCCUUCAUCAUAACAAUCGUCAUUGUGCUUACCCGACGACGCAGAAAGAGAGGGCUGGAGUACGACCUGCGAAGAUCUGAACGGAGUCAUGUGACUGGCCACAAUGACAUCGCAUUGGAUGCCACAGAGCUGAAGGUCUGCACCCAGGAAUACCCACAUUCAGACUCCAAAAACAACCUACUGAAAGAGAGAGAUAUGUUUAAAGGCUGCAAUAAAGAAAUGGAUGGAAAGUUGUGGAUAUGAGACAGAGAGAGCUGAUAUGCCGCUGGCGGCUCCAGAGCAGACACACAGGACUAGGAAGAGGAAACAAGGGUUUAUAAUGGUGGAAUCCGAAAAGGACAGGAGGGACUCUCUUUUUAUAGACACCCCUUACCAAACACUCUUCCCAAACAGUCUUACCAAACACUCUUACCAAACACUCUUACCAAACACUCUUACCAGACACUCUUACCAAACACUCUUACCAGACACUCUUACCAGACACUCUUACCAAACAGUCUUACCAAACAGUCUUGACAAACACUCUUACCAAACAGUCUUACCAAACAGUCUUACCAAACAGUCUUACCAAACAGUCUUACCAAACACUCUUACCAAACAGUCUUACCAAACAGUCUUACCAAACAGUCUUACCAAACACUCUUACCAGACACUCUUACCAAACACUCUUACCAAACAGUCUUACCAAA